CACAAUGAGCACCGCAAUGGUCUUUGGGUACGUACAAUACAUCCUGUCGAUCACACAUCGUCUGAAGGUACGAUAGCAUAUACACGAGUAGAGAGUCAAGUGCUAUUCGAUCAAUACAUAGAACGGUAACAAGGCAAACGAAAUGGCGUCCAGGAUUGUAGCGUCCGCCCUGUCGGUUGCAACAAAAACCGCAGCGAGAACCAGCACAAAACGAUUUUCUUCCUCGGGGGCAACCGCCGCGCCAUCUGUGGAACACAGCAGGCCAACCUUUCGGUACCUCACGGCGUGGUUCUGUCCCUUUGCUCAUCGCGCCACACUCGCACUAGAACACCACGGUGAAAGGGUCGAUUACGAGUGGAUCGAAGCCCUGGGGUGGGAACAGCGGGCCGACAAAAACAACGUGACAGGGACGGGGCAGGAAUGGUGGUACCACUGGAAGGCCGACGAGCUCAAGAGGACCAAUCCCAGCGGGCUCGUACCGACACUGAUCCCGGUCGACCCAAUCACAGGCAAAAGCGACGAAACAAAACCGGUCUUCGAAUCGCUCGUGACAAUCGAUUUCAUCGACGAAAUCAGUGGCGCUUGUGGGACCGAGCGGUUGGUCUCUGAAGAUCCCUACGAAGCGGCGAGGUGCCGCGUAUGGGCCGACAAGGUUAACCGAGGUAAGUGGGCGAUGCGAUGUUUGCUGCGCAGUGCGAAGAAAUCUGUGUGAAUCUUCUAUACGUUCCUAACGUAUAUCUAUCACCGUUCACCGAAUGGGUUGAAAUCACAAAUUUAUCUCUCUACCUAUUCUUCGAUCGAUCUGCAUUUCUCCGUGUGCUAUCCAUCGUCAUCAAAAAUUGCAGAAUUGUGCUCUCCAUAUUACGGGGUUUUGGUGCGAAAGGAGGAGGACGAACGAAUGGAACAUUUUGAGAAUUUGAUCAAGGGACUUGAAUCAUUUUCCAAAGAACUAACGAAAACCCCAGGGCCUCUGUUUCUCGCCGACGGACAACUCUCGAACAUAGACCUGGCACUGGUGCCAUGGGCUUAUCGCUACUACGUAUUUGAAAAAUAUCGAGGUCAAGAUUAUGUCAUUACACCGGAGCGUUAUCCCAAGCUGCAACCCUAUUUUGACUGGUACGAUCAUGUCAUGGAAAUGGACGCGGUCAAGCGAACCCUGCCCGACAAGGACAAGUACCUAGAACAUAUUGGGAAAUACGCCGAUUCGUCGGCAAGGUCCAAGGUUGCGAAUGCGGUCCGACGAGGCGUCGCUGCCCACGAGCUGGACGACGAAAAGGAUGAAUACUGAUAGGAGAAGAACUAAUAUUUAGACCAUUCUCGUGUUGUGUUUAGAUUCGUGUAUUCAUGACGGUUUUCAGUGACGUUGUAACGCAAACGUGUAGAGUUUUGAUGAGUCAUGAUGCAGGUAGAUCAGUUGAUUACCAAAAACUUCAUACAUGUAUCAUUUUACCCUGUGAAUUAGGAGAUGCACUAGGACGGCCAGAACCAUACCAGUAAGUGGAAACAGAAAAACAAAGAAGCUAAAGUAGGGCUAGCAACAAAUGAUUGCCAGAUGGAUGCAAUGCACAAGGACAACAAGUUAGCACUUCACAUUA